UGUGAUCGGUCCUACAGGGGGCAGUUUAAAUCUACAGAACUUUGACAUCUAGUGUAGUCAACUUCCUUCUUACCAGUGUUUUACAAACGUUAAAAGUUGAAGGUAAACUCAGCAGUUCCCUGCAGCAACCCAUGUUUGUUUCAGUUAUGGCAAACGUGUGUGAUCAGGUCCAUUCAAUUCUCGUCUUGUGGGUGGGCACUAAGAGGGGAGAGAGCGAGAACAGCGGAGUAAGGGGAGUCAAAGACCGCCAGGCGCUCAAUUCAUCACGGAGAGUCCUCGAUGAGGAAGUGCAGCCCACUGGACUGGCUGUGCGGGGGGGACACGCCGCUGUGCUCUGUAGAUCCUGCACAGAUCGUGACCCAUCGAAACGCGGCGAGAUGCCCGGGCAAUUGUAUCAAUGAUCAUGUGCCUUAUUGGCACCGAAUCGGUGCCUGCUGAGCCGUAAGGUGUGUGGAGUGGAGGGGGAAGUAAAGCGGAGGAGGAGGAGUGGACAGCCUGGCAGACAGGUGCACUCUUCUCAAUCUUCUUUCAUUUUCUCCCAGUCCCGUUCAGCGAUUGCAUGAGCCAUGGACACCCGCAAGGAGAGCCAGGCAAGAAAACAGCCGAUGAAACCUAAAACGUCGAAGCGAAAGAAGAACAAAUACAAAAGUGGCAAGUUCGUCAGGAGGAAAUCGCUGCGUUCUUUUGGGAAUUUUAUGGGAAGGAUCCUGAAAACUUUGGGCACUUUAGGGCACUUCGGCGACGCAGAGCCGCCAGACGCGGAUGAGGACGACGGCGGCUUCGCGAGGAACGCCUCGGGCGGUUUCAGGGACGACUUUUCGCAGACCUCCAGGGAGGGAGCCGCGAAGAGGAGCUCCGCGGUCUCCUCCUAUCACGGCUCGGUGAAGGAGCGGCUGUCGUGGUGCUACGGCGACAAGACUCCCGGCGUGUUGGGACUGAAGAACCACGGCAACACCUGCUUCAUGAACGCCGUGGUCCAGUGCCUCAGCAACACGGACCUGCUGGCCGAGUACCUCGGGCUGGGGCAGUACAAAUCGGAUAUGCGCCGCAGGGGGGCGAACGGGGAGGUGAGGGCGGAGGAGGCGCCGAGCUCCGGGGGAGAAGUGACCGAGCAGCUGGCGUCGCUGGUUCGAGCGCUGUGGACGCUGGACUACACCCCGCAGAUGUCCGGGGAGUUCAAGAGCAUAGUGUCAAAAUACAGCUCUCAGUUUCGGGGGAACUCUCAGCAUGAUGCUCUUGAGUUUCUCCUCUGGCUCCUGGACAGAGUUCACGAAGAUGCCAAUGCAAGUCCUGACAACAACAACAGCAGCAGCAGCAGCAGCAAGACCAAAGCCAGCACUAAGGCGACCAGCACAUCAGAGAAUCCUUCUAGCUUAGCCAGCACACAGCAGCCUCGGGGUCGCCACAGCUUCGUCCAGGAACAUUUUCAGGCUCAGUACAGGUCUUCUCUGACGUGCCCUCACUGCCUUAAACAAAGCAACACCUUUGAUCCAUUUUUAUGCAUCUCUCUGCCUAUUCCCCUGCGACAGACCAGGCUGAUGUGUGUGACGCUGGUGUUCAGCACAAAGGGUAAGAGGUACCUGCGGGUGGGGCUUGCUGUACCUCUGUUCGGUUCUGUAUCCUCUCUAAGAGCCAUGGUAGCAGCAGAGGGCAACAUCUCUCCUGAUCAGGUCAUCCUGUCAGAACUUUACUCCACUGGUUUCCAGCGUUCCUUCUCAGACGACGAUGACUUGACCACCAUUGCCGAUAGUGACGUCGUCUAUGCCUUCCAAGCUCUGCCCGGUAGCAGUCGUGGGGGCUCUGCUCUGCACUCAGGGUAUCACCACAGUCUCCCUUCAUCUCCUUACUACUCCACAUCAGGUCCUGAUGGUCAGAGGUUAUCUGCAUCAGGACGACUCUCCUCAGAGUACCUGAAUCAGAGCAGCUCCGCCAAGGUUCUCCUGCUCAUGUGCAAUACAGCUGGAUCUGGGCAGCAAGCUGUCAGGUUCGGGCCUCCUUUCCUCAUGCUCGAAGACCGGAAUAUCUCAUGGGAGCAGCUGCAGCAGAGCAUUCUCAGCCAGCAGUAUUAUCUCAUGCUGAAUGGAUCCCAGGCUCAGAAUGCUGCUGUUGAAUUCAAGGUCAGAGUCGUUGGAGGGUCCUCAGCCUACAGCUACUUGUCCCCAAAGGACAGUCGACCAUUGUCCCACCCUGCAGUUGACAGAGCUUUGAAGUUCUGUGGGCCAGGAGGACCUCCCCAUGUGAAGCUUGUUAUUGAGUGGGACCACAACUCUAAAGAACGUUUGUUUGGCAGCAUCCAUGAGGAGGUGGUGAAAGAUGCAGAGAGUGUGAGGCACCAGCAGCAACAACACCUGCAGCAACAUAACUGUACCUUGGAUGAAUGCUUCCAGCUUUAUACCAAAGAAGAACAGCUUGCUCCAGAUGACGCCUGGAAGUGUCCCCACUGUGAGCAACUGCAGCAGGGCAUGGUGAAGAUGAGUCUAUGGACGCUGCCUGACAUCCUAAUCCUCCACCUCAAGCGCUUUCGACAGGUUGGUGAACGAAGGAACAAACUGUCAACCUUGGUUCGAUUCCCACUGACUGCUCUAAACAUGGCCCCUCAUGUAGCAAAGAGAAGUCAAAGUAUGAAGAAUCUGCACGUUGGGUCCUCCUCCUCUACCCGGAAACAGCCUUCAGGCCGAAACCAUCAACCUGCUGAUUUACUCUUACCGCAAGAUUACUUUUACGACCUCUACGCUGUGUGUAACCAUCAUGGAGGAAUGCAUGGAGGACAUUAUACUGCUUACUGUAGGAACUCUGUGGAUGGUCAGUGGUACAGCUACGAUGACAGCAGUGUGGACCUGGUGCCAGAGGAUGAAGUGUGUACCAAGGGAGCUUACAUCCUUUUCUAUCAGAGACGCAACGUUAUCCCUCCGUGGUCGGCCAGUAGCUCCGUUCGAGGCUCUAUCAGUUCAUCGGUGUCAGACCACUGGCUAAUCCGGCUAACAGGGGACAGCAAGAGAGGCAGUCUGGUGUCUCCUUCCUCCACCAACGUUUCGUCUUUGGUACCAGACUCUCCAGAGUCUCCAGUCUUCCACAGCAAUGGCAUUGAAGAGGAGAGGGGCGGCUUUGAGAAGCGGCCGUUUGUCCGAGGGCUUCAAGGGCGCAGCAUCAGCCUGAGAGUCCCGACCAAGCAAAAGGACAGCCUGAGCAACAAGUUUCCUAUGCGCUGGUCCCUAGGUUCAAAAGAGAGACGAAAGCCUGAGCAAGUGUCCCCCCGAACACAGGACACUGAUCCUGCCGAGCUAGUGCAGUACUUGCAGUCUGGCCGACGACCCCAAUGCACCAAGGAUUCAAUAGUAAAUCUGAUGAAUGAAUCACGUAGCACCAAAAAGAUGCCUGAAGGUCGGGCAGCCAGUGUUCGAUCUUCAAAUGUUGGGAGUAUGAGUUGUGUUGGUAAGAUGGAAAAAGAGCCACAUUAUUCUCAGGUCCCCGAGGGUCAAAGAAGGCCAUCAGAAAGGACAUCGGAGAAGACUUCUGGGAAGACAGCCAGUCUGAGACGGAAAAAGGAAAGCCUGGCAAAAGAAGAGAGCUCAGGGAAUAUGAGCACUAGCUCUAGUAGCAACACCCUUUCCAGGAGGAAGGAUGCCAGGAGGCCGAGCUCCUCUAAGUCUUCACAAGAUGCAGAGAUGAAGCUGAGUUCCAGUUACAGUGCAUCAAGCCUUCAAGAUGGAACUCUGAGAAGACAAAAGGGGCAGGAUGCUAAUGGGGAUCACCACAGUGCUGAUGCAGACAAGUCAAAGGCAAAAAAAGAUGAAGUGCCCAAGAGUCAUGACAGUUUCUUCUCUUUUCUAAAAAGUAACUUCCUAAAGAAAGAUAAGGAUUCUAAGAAGUCCAUAAACGGUGAGUCAGGAAAAGGAGGUGAUGAGGGGGAAGGCAGAAGGAACUCAUCAAGAACGUCACUACCCAAUGGAGCAGCUGGAGGAAGAACUGGAGUGGAAGGAAGCAAAUCAAAUGGUUUGGGCCGUCGGGUUGAUGAACUGGCAAAUGGGAAGUUAGGAAGCUCCACCGCUAAUAUUAGACGCUCAAAGAGCUCCUCUAACAUACCCUCCAAAGCAGAGCAAAGCAUACGCAGGACAGUGUCCUUACAUCGUAAUGGGAUGUCCACAACCCCAGCACCAUCACGGAGCGUGACCACAGACAAACCGUCUUACAGCAACCCACAGAGGACUCGGUACAGCACAACCUCACUGGGACGCAAGAAGACAUUCCCUGAGUCCAGCUUCUGAUGCAGAGAAACUGAGAUUUUUUUUUCCUAACGGAGAGCAAACCAUCUUUUAGAUCAAAGCAAUAUAGUUCCGUUUACAAUAAAGUGAUUUAGUGUUCCAGGAAAAAAAUGACUCAAGUGGUUAGCACAAGAAAGCAGAGAGAUAGAGAUAGAAUAUUCACAUAUUAUAUAUAUUAUAAUAUUAUAUUAUAAUAUUAUAUAUAUAUAUAUAUAUAGGUUUUUUAUGAUUUAAAAUAAGUGCCUAAACAACACAAAUGCAGUUUAAAUGAAUUAUUUUUGUCUAUCACCUUGAGCUAGUGGUGCAGACUUUAUUUCCUACUAAUGCAGUAUGAGUGUUGGAAGACAUCACUCCAUUUUUAACUCAAAUUGUUUUUACUUACAAUCAGGACACGAUGAUUGUGUUCCUUUAUAAGAAUGUAUUCUCUCUGUUGAUUAACAGUUUUGAGGAUGUUUUUUCUGUUUAUUGUUGAAUAUUGUUUUAUUAAACCUUGUUUAGGCUUAAUUUAAAUGGCUGGUUGACUUUAUCAUACAUCAAUUCAGCUCCAUGGUUAAUGCGGUUAUUAACCUUUAGCGAUUGCCUACUGUGAAGAAACAUAUUAAUACACUAUGGAACUGCUAAAUAUAUUUAACACUAUAGAAGUUUUUUCAGAACUUAGCAGACAGUUUUUUUCCUCUUUGCUCAAAUACAAAAUGUAGCUGAACUGGUUUUUUGUUUUCUGCUGUUCUUAUGGGGGUAGAAAACCUGCCUCUUUAAGCCUUAUUACAGUGAAUGUUCCUGUAAAAAUGACUGUUAAGGAAACUGCUCUCUGAUUAUGUGAGAUUUGAAGCAGAGAAUAAGAAGCUGGUUUCCUUGCUUAAGUGCGCAACAAUUUUCUGAAGCCUGAAGUCUUCAUCUCAACAGUUCUCAGAGAAAAUUGUCACCAAAAUCUAAGAUCUUGAGUUUAUUUUAUUAUAUUAUUUUUCAAAAGAUUCUUCAAGAUACUAUUUUAAUGAUUUUACAUUUGCAUUUACUGCAUGCUGCUGCUAAUACAAACUAACUAAAUGGCUAUCACCAUUGCAACAAUAAAAAACCUGUUUAAACAUCGGCCAAAUCUUAAAUUAAAAGCAGACAUCUGCAUUGGUACAAAUAAUUUCAAUACAGGUUUUGUGGACCUAAUUGCCGCACAGUGAUAAUAAAAGCCCCAGAAGAUUUCGCCAGGAAACUGAUUUGUCAGCGGUUAUGAACCCCUAUAGUUUUUCAUUUUGGCAUAGACGGCUUCUUUAAAAGGAAACAAAAAUAGACCUUUUGAUCCUCAUUUUUAAAUAAUAAUGACAGUGUUUUGCAUUUGUUGUGAGCACAUGGGUGCUGCUGCCUAAUCAGACAACUUUGAUAUGUGAUGCAGGACAACUUUUUCUUGUAUUUUCCUGGAAACGUUCAUAACAUAUUUUAAUCAGCUGAAAAUAUGUCAUCAGUUGUUUAACCCAAAUGUUGUUAUGUAGACACUGGUUACACUACUUCAGAUAUUUAUCUUAUGUAACAGAUUUUCCUGCUGAAAACGACGGCAUCUACACUGUGAUUCCAAUCAAAAACACUGUAGUACAGAUGCUGCACCAGAAGGUGGCAAUGACUUUAAUAAUAUUAACGGCAAAAUUCAAAACAAGAAGCACCAGGCUAAAUGUUCUCCCAAAACAAUCGUAGCUCAUGAUUUUUAUGAAACGGUUUGCCCCUUCCUCUCAGCCAUAAACCUUUACAGUGUUCUUUUGAAGUUUAGUGGAGACAGAAUCAAGACAAAGGAAUAAAAACACAAAACAUGGAAACGGCUUCACUUUUGUUUCUGUUUCUAGCACAAAAAUCUACUUUUAAACUUCUUCACUCUGAAGAGCAUUUUGAAAAACCUCAUGAGAAGCUGUUUGCUGAUGUAAAUGCAGCAUAAAAUCUCCAUGUUGUUGAAUACCCUGGUCAGGGUGGGCAGGGCCUGAGUCGCUCAGUAAAUGCUCACUGAAACAACCGCUUAAGUUGUAUUUUUCUUGCUAGAAUUUUUGUAUUGGUGAUGUGUGAAUUCUUUCUGUUGACUUUUUGUUAAUCAAAUAUAAUGAAGGAUUAGGUGCUCACUUUUCAAAGUUUUUCUGUCUCUUGUUGUCUAAUUUCUUCUUUGCCGACAUCAACCUGCUUUAUAUCCAUUGGUUGGUAAAGCACAAUGCAGGGAAUAAAGAAGGUGGUUAUGGGGAGUAAUGGAUAUUUAAGGAAAACAAAGAACUAAAUGAAUAAUAUAGUGAAAUGUGGCUGCGCUGUAUCAGUGCCAAAAGCCAUCUCAGUCCCCUGUUCUGCUGAUGUAGUAACGUGUUCAAUUGUAACACAUGUUCUACCUGGAAGCUACUCAUCUGACAAUUCAAUGCUAAAGUUUAUGUUCAAAACGGGGGCAAUGGGGCAAUGUUAAUGACCUUUCUUUAUUCAAAAAGCACAAACACCAGCCUCAGUAACAAAAACAAUCCAUUUAAGUAUUUAUGUUCAUAACUUAGUUUAUGUAUUGAAUGUCUACAACUGUGCAGAGCACAACUUUCAGCUUGUACAGUGUUGUGAAAAAGGUCUUACAGUUCUUUGUUUUUUUUCUUUUUGGCACACUUAUAUGUUUCAGAUCAUCAAACAAUUUUACCAGACAACGAUAACCUAAUUAGAUACACGUAGUUGUCAAAGUAUUUCAUUUAUAAGUAACAAAAAAUCCAAAUCAGCCUGGCUCUAUGUGAAAAAGGAAUUCUCCCCCUUGUAUCAUGAAUUGUUUUUGACAUUUUGUGUUUUAGUUUCACAUCCACACCGAGUCCUGAUUACUGCCAGACAUGUAAAAUCAAGAAUCACUUAAGUUUCAGUUUCAACGGAAGAACUGAAGUGUAAAAAGUUGAUGGUAUCCAUCAGGCUGGAAAGAUUUACAAAGCCAUUUCUAAGGCUCUGGGACCCCAGUAAACCACAGUGAGAAACAUUAUCCACAAAUGGAGAAAACGUGGAACAGUGGUGAACCUUCAGUAUUGGCCGGGCUACCAAAAGUACCCUAAGAACACAGUGACAAGUCAUUACAGAACAACAUCUAAAGCACUGCUGGCCUCACCUGCCUCAGUUAAGGCUGGUGUUCAGGUUCAACAAUAAGAAAGAGACUGGGCAAAAAUGGCCUUCAUGGGAGAGUUUCAGAGGUUAAAUCUUUGCUUAGUAAAAAUAGACCAGCCACACAUUUACCAAAAAAUGAAUUAACAACCCCCAAAACAUUUUGGAAAAUAUUCUGUAGACUAACAAGACAAAGUGGAACUUUUUAGAAAACUUGUGCCCAGUUAAAUCUGGCAUAGAACAUGCCCCGUACAAUAAAAACCAUUAUACCAACAGUCAAACAUGGUGGUGGUAGUGUGAUGGCCAGGGACUGCUUUGCUGCUUCAGGACCCAAAUGACUCACUGUAAUUGAUGCAGCCAAGAAUACUUCUUUACUAGAAAAUACUGUAGAGAAUGAGUUAUUAGGUUUAUUGAGCUAUCACUAUUUUACACUGGGCCCAGUUGGUUUGGAGAGCAUUUUUUCCCUUAUUAAACUUGAAAACACUUUUUUGAACUUACUUAGGUUAUCUUUGUCUGAUUUUAAAUUUUGCCUAAUGAUUUAAAACAUUGAACUGAAUUAUGUGAUAAGAUUAAUAUCCAGAGUUGGAUGGAGCUGCUGCAGUCGACAGGGCUAGAAAAUAUCUUCCCAUGGGCAUUCAUUUUCUGCUUUCAUUUUUAAAACACUUCUUUAAAUUUUAUUUGGAAAUUUUAGAAUGAAAGCUGUCUUUCAGUACCUUUUAAAAUUAACUUUAAAUCGUUUUUACGAUUUGCAUACAUGAAGUUUGUUUCACGUGUAAACAUUGAUUCUCUUUUAAUACACUGUACUUUAAAGUAUGUGACAUAAAAUCUUGUUUUUAAGGAGUUGGUUUGGUUUUGUGUAACAAAUCCUUUGUUUGUAAUAACUUUAUAGAGUCCGAUUCCUUCAGCCUUCCUAUAUCUGCUUUUUAACUUUGUAAAUAAGAACUUAAUUGCAAUAGUUAAACAUUUGUCUAAAUAAAUUAUUAUGUAAUAAAUCCAAAAUUGCGAUGGUUGUGGAAAUAUGUUGACAAAUGAACACAUCACCUAACAAAAUGUGUAACAUUUUUGAUUCUUGACCUGAUCUCAUGUUUUAACACUUCUCUUAAUCUGCAGAACAGAAAGGCUGUUAGAAUCUGAUAUUUUAUUUUGUCAUUUUAUUGUAAUAUUUUUGUGGUCAUUAAUCAUAGAUUUGGUCAGUUACGCAGUGAUACCAUUGUGCAUAUUUUUUAAGAUUAAUGUGAAAAAGAUUUAUUUUUGUAAAAUUUUGUACAUCUUUGAUAAAUAAGUGAAAUGAUUUGAGAAAGUACUACUGCAACAACAUAAACUUUACUGAAAAUACACAAUUAAACCUCA